UCCGCGCGCAGCCGCCUUGGGUGCCGCCGCGCCGCCCGGCGUUCGAUUGGUCGUGGCUGCUCAGCGGCAUGGCGGCGGGCGCGGCCGAGGCGGCGGUGCUGGAGGUCGGCUCUGCCCGGCACUUCGAGGAGCUGCUGCGCCUCAGGGCCGGGUCCCUUCUCGUCGUCCAUUUCUGGGCGCCAUGGGCCCCACAGUGUGCCCAGAUGAACGAGGUCAUGGCGGAGUUAGCCAGGGAGCACGCCAAGGUCGGCUUUGCAAAGCUGGAAGCCGAAGCUGUCCCUGAAGUGUCCGAGAAGUACGAGGUCAGCUCCGUCCCCACCUUUCUGUUUUUCAAGAACUCCCAGAAGGUCGACCGGCUGGACGGCGCGCACGCCCCGGAGCUGACCAAGAAGGUGGCGCGUCACUCGGCCGGCGCUGCCCUGGCGCCUGGCGGCGAGCACCCGAAGGAGGACCUCACCGCGCGCCUGAGGAAGCUCACCCACGCCGCCCCCUGCAUGCUGUUCAUGAAGGGCACGCCGCGCGAGCCCCGCUGUGGUUUCAGCAAGCAGAUGGUGGAAAUUCUGAACAGACACAACAUUCAGUUCAGCAGUUUCGACAUCUUCUCCGACCAAGAAGUCCGCCAAGGCCUCAAGACCUUCUCCAACUGGCCCACCUACCCCCAGCUCUACGUCUCGGGGGAGCUCAUCGGGGGGCUCGACAUCGUCAAGGAGCUGGAAGCGUCUGAUGAGCUGGAUACGAUCUGUCCCAAGGCCCCCAAACUGGAGGAAAGGCUCAAAGUUCUGACCAACCGGGCCGCCGUGGUGCUCUUCAUGAAGGGCAGCAAGCAGGAGGCCAAGUGCGGGUUCAGCAGGCAGAUGCUGGAGAUCCUCGACGGCACCGGCGUGGAUUUCGAGACCUUUGACGUCCUGGAGGACGAGGAGGUGCGACAAGGCUUGAAGGUUUUCUCCAACUGGCCCACCUACCCGCAGCUGUACGUGAAGGGCGAGCUCGUGGGCGGCCUGGACAUCGUCAAGGAGCUGAAGGAGAACGGAGAGCUGCCGUCCGUGCUGCGCGGAGAGAGCUGAGGCAGGACGCAGGAUGCCCGUCCCGGCGGUGCGGCCCGGCCCGGAGGACGAGGCGUCUCCGUGCAUCCCGAGGUCGGGCGGCGGGUGGGUGCCAGCAUUGCCCGGGCCGAACACAAUAAAGGCCGCCAGACCAGCCGGA